AUGGGAUCUUGGUUUAGCAAUCUCUUCAAUCUCUGGGGUCGUGAUGGCAAAGAGCACAAGCUGAUCAUCGUUGGUCUUGACAACGCUGGCAAGACCACCAUUCUCUAUCAGUACCUCUUGAAUGAUGUCGUGGUCACUUCUCCCACCAUCGGCAGCAAUGUGGAGGAGAUUCAAUUCAAGAAUCUCAAAUUCCUCAUGUGGGAUGUGGGUGGCCAAGAGAGCCUGAGGUCCUCAUGGUCAACAUAUUACAAUGCCGUCGAGGCAGUGCUUUUGGUGAUCGAUUCAACAGACCGCGAGCGAUUGACUCUCAUCAAAGAAGAAUUGUACACCAUGCUUGCGCAUGACGAUCUCAAGUCGGCACGCUUAUUGGUCCUGGCCAACAAGCAAGAUCUCAAGGGCGCCAUGUCAGCCGCGGAAAUCUCGAAACAGUUCAACCUGACCUCGAUCAAAGACCAUAGCUGGCACAUUCAGGCCUGUUGUGCACUGACUGGUGAAGGCCUGUACGAGGGCAUGGAGUGGCUGACGGAUGAAAUGACUCGAAAGCACUAA